UAAUCAAGGUAGACCAAGACCAGAUCUCAGUUUUCAACACUAUAAACAAAGGAGCGGAAAUUCAAUAAUGGCAGAACGUUGCAGAGAUUUUUGAUCAACAGGGAUUUUGGGCAUUGUGUAGCAGGAGAUUCUUAAGAAUCUUCCUCAAAGUUAUUAUGUCUUGUAUGACUGUAGAACUUCCUAAUAGCCUCAGAUGGUUCAAGAAGGCUCAGGGUUUUGAGUUCAACAAGAGUUCAUCAACAAAUAUGUCUUGCAUUGUGGCAUCAGCAACCGGUUCCCCUGUUUUGGGUUCCUGCAGGUCUCCUUCUGUAGUGGUGGGUCUUCAUGAUGAGAUUGAAUUAUGUACCGGGUCUCCCUUGAGAUCACCCCUGAAUGGAUUUCAGACUCCCAAGGGGGUUAGAAUUGGUUGCAAGGAUGGUGGUCUGUGCAGAUCACCUAUGAGCCUGAGCCAUGAAUUUGACUGCUGCAAUGGUGGCGUGUCUCCUCUGAAGGUUAGGCAUGCGGCGGCUGCUUCAUCUUCUUCCUUUUUGAGGAGUUCAUCUUCUUCACCCACACAGGAGAAUUUGGGGUACAGGGGUCAUCAGAACAUCAUUCUGGGGUCUAGGCUGAGGGAUGUAUUGGCUGCCAGAGAUGUCAAUCAUUUGGGAAUUGAGAAUGGGAGUAGCAGUCCUGUGAAGAAAACCCAACAGAAAAUUGUUCCUGUCCCUGUUACAGUGUGCAAUCUUACAGUUAGGGUGGAUGAUGGAUGCGAGGAUUUUGAGAAGGGUGAGGUGGCCGUUGAUAAGAAGCCCCCUUCCCCUCCACUGAAGAGAAAACGCCCACCAAGGCUUGAUAUUCCCCAAUCUACCAGUCUGGAAGCACUGCCCUUGAACAAGGAGCAGCCUCCUAAAGAAAUCACCAUGGAGGGUUCUCAUUAUGCCAUUGUCUGCAAAAAGGGUAGGAGAGAAUACAUGGAGGACACCCACAAGGCCAUGGUCAAUCUUCAGGGUGAUUCCAAACAGGCAUUUUUUGGUGUAUUCGAUGGUCAUGGUGGUCGGAAAGCUGCUGAUUUUGCUGCUGAAAAUAUUGGUCACAAUAUUAUGGAUGCUUUGGCUAAGGUUGGAGAUCAACAAGAGAACAUCGUUCAGGCAGUUAGAGCUGGUUAUUUAGCCACAGAUGCAGAGUUUUUAAAGCAGGGUGUUAGCAGCGGUACGUCCUGUGUUACUGCUCUUAUAAAAGAUGGCAACAUGGUAGUCUCCAAUGCUGGGGACUGUCGAGCUGUAAUUAGUAGAGAUGGCCAUGCUGAAGGUCUCACUUCUGAUCAUCGAGCAGCAAGGGAGGAUGAGCGAGAACGAAUUGAGAAUUCGGGAGGAUAUGUUGAUUGUCGCCAUGGAGUUUGGCGAGUCCAAGGAGUAUUAGCUAUAUCCAGGGGAAUAGGCGAUUUACACAUGAAAGAUUAUAUUUUGGCUGAGCCAGACACCAAAAAGAUUGAAAUUGAAUCUGAUUGCGAGUUUUUAAUUAUGGCAUCAGAUGGCCUAUGGGAUAAGGUCACCAAUCAAGAAGCAGUAGACCUUGCCAGGCCUUUCUGCAUAGGGGUGAAGCCAAGUGUGGAACCUUCUGAGCAUGUGAAAGCAGAAGAGUUAGUAGUAGAGAAUUCCAAUUUGCCUGUGGAAGGCCCCCUUGCUGCUUGUAGAAAGCUUGUAGAGCUGUCAGUAGCCAGAGGAUCUCUAGAUGAUGUAAGUGUGAUGAUAGUUCAACUUGGAAAUUUUUGUAAGAGAAUGGACUAGAUGGUGGAUAAUGAAGCGAUGACGUAUUCAAGCUGAAAUUGUUCAUCAAAAAUGCAGAAUGAAAAGAAUAACAAACAACAGAAGCCAGGAUAUUCCAAAACUCUAUAUACAAUUCACCAUUAACAACUCAAUCUGGAUGCAUGCAUCUUCCCUUAUUUUGUUUAAAUGGAAGAUGGAAAAUGCAUCUUCCCUUAUUUUGUUUAAAUGGAAGAUGCCAAGCAUCUACUUUUGUACAGCAACAAAGAAACAAACUGAUUCAAUAAUACCCUUUUGCACUUUUUCUUCCAA